AUGGCCAUGGAGAAGUUUCAGCGAGGGCACCCAGCGCCCGAGCGGACGAGAAACCGAUCUGGGACUAUGACCGGGGACAAAGCCAUUGCGAAGAAGAGAUCGAGCUUGGGGAAGGCGGCGGGUGGCUUUCAGAGUAGAUUCCUUGCGUCGCUGAGGAGUAAGAAGAAGAACGAUGCAGAUGAAGAGUUAGCGCCGAACCCCUCGAGCCCAUUUCUGGAUGCACUAUUUCGAUUACCGGAGGAGCUCCACAUCUACAUGCUGCGCGAGUUAUGUGUCGCGGAUCUGCUCGCUUUGAGAAGAGCGUCGCGUGUGCUCAAUAUUCUCGUUACAGAGAACGCACCUGCACUCGUGCGCUAUUGGGUGAAGCAUCGGCUCGGCAAUCUUCAUUUGCAACUUUACCCGGCUCCAAGACCAGACGCCAUCGACUUUCCAUUUUUACUCACCAUGAGACGGCGGCACAUAGCGUCUAUCAGGUUGACACGGCAGCUUGCAAAUCACCUUGUGGGUGAGCCGCAGGAACAUAAGCAGCUGUGGACAUCGGUGUAUGAGAGAAUGCUCCCACUAGUCUUUGGGGUCGGAUAUUUCUUAGAUGAACAUCGACGACUACUCUUGGAAAGAGAUCUUGGCCAUAUCCGGCCACGCUCACGUAUUGGCUACCAUGUCCGUACGACAGGCGGUAUCACAAACCAGGAAAGAAAGAUAUUGAAGAAUCUGGAUGCACCCCUGCGGCUACAAUACUUCUACAUGUACUGCUUCAUUGUACAGGUGCUGCUCCGGAAACUACGACCAUCAAGUCGUACCGGAGCGGUGGAAAAGUUCCUACGAGGGUGGUCCAACCAGCCGGCUUGUUCAGAGGACAUAGCCUUCUUGCUGAUAUUGGGCGGUACUGGUCAGAUAGCCAAACUCCUCGCUUGCCCAAUGUACAGCGAUCGGCGAAGAUAUCUCCUUGCGUACAGAACGCACAUGUCGCCUCACACAAGCAAAUGUUGGAGAAGACACUGGAAAGAUGCUGGCGUGGUAUCACCUGCGUUACUGGAUGAUAUUCCCUGUACGCAGAUCGGUAUAACACAGCUCGAUCAAAUCUGGGUGCCACUGAUAGCUCAUAUGAUGGAGCCGGGGGCAAGGAAUUUUACUGAACAGGAAAGGAUACGCUACGAAGAACUGAAGAUGUCGAAGAAGUUCAUUAACGAAGUGAUGGGCUAUGAUAUCCUGCGAGGCCGCGCAGCUGACGGGGGCGAAUCGGACGAUGAACACGAGCCAUGA